GCCUCGCUCUCCAAAUCACCCGACGGCCGACGCCCACCACCAUUCUCCCUCCACCACCACCACUCCAGUCUCCAGUUCUCCAAUCGCUUCCCCUCUCCUUGGCUUCUCGCGGACGGAGGGAACCCCGCUCCCUUCUCUAGGGUUCCCGAAACCCUAGCCCCAAGCCGCACACGCGAAGGUCCGGGCGACGAGUGGUAGGAGGCGGCGGAGAGGGGAGGCAGAAGGCGCGGGAGGCGGAGGCCUGUGCUGUAUGUCAGAUCGUGGGAUCAGGCGAGGCGGAGGCGGAGGCGGAGACUACGGACACGGUCAGCUUGCGAACCCGCUCCAAUGGCCUCAGCUCAGGAAAAGGCGGCGGCCUGCUGCGGCGCUGCUCGUGGAGGUGGUGCCGCCAUCCCCGUGCGGGCGAUCGCGGCGUCCCCGGCAGGGAAGGUCUCCAUGGCCGCGGGCGAUGAGCGCGUGGCCGCGUCGGCCGGCGGAGGCGCCGUGAUCGAGGAGAUCGCCGCGGUCCAUCCCGCCACCGCGAAGGCCUCCUCCAAAGGGAUACCUAUCAUGACCAGAGCCCAGAGAAGCCACCCUUUAGACCCAUUAUCUGCUGCUGAAAUUGCUGUUGCUGUAGUAACUGUAAGAGCUGCUGGAAGAUCUCCUGAGGAAAGAGACAGCAUGCGUUUUGUUGAAGUUGUGCUGUUGGAACCAGAAAAGAAUGUUGUGGCAUUAGCUGAUGCCUACUUUUUCCCACCUUUCCAACCAUCACUGCUCCCUAGAACCAAAGGUUCUGCUGUUAUUCCAAGCAGGCUGCCUCCUAGGAGGGCCAGGCUUGUUGUCUACAACAAACAAUCAAAUGAGACAAGCAUUUGGAUAGUAGAACUCUCUGAAGUGCAUGCAGCUACUAGGGGUGGACAUCACAGAGGCAAGGUGAUAUCAUCUGGAGUUGUUCCAGAUGUUCAGCCUGCAAUGGAUGCUAUGGAGUAUGCUGAAUGUGAAGCUACUGUCAAAAGUUAUCCCCCAUUUAUUGAAGCUAUGAAGAGAAGAGGCGUGGAUGACAUGGAGCUUGUUAUGGUAGAUGCCUGGUGUGCUGGCUACUACGGCGAUGCUGAUGCUCCCAGUCGCAGACUUGGCAAGCCUCUAAUAUUUUGCAGAACUGAGAGUGAUAGCCCCAUGGAGAAUGGUUACGCACGUCCUGUGGAAGGGAUUCAUAUUGUUGUUGAUAUGCAGAAUAAUGCUGUGAUUGAGUUUGAAGAUAGGAAGUUGGUUCCUCUACCCCCACCUGAUCAUUUGAGAAACUACACUCCUGGGGAAACAAGAGGUGGAGUUGAUCGAAGUGAUGUAAAACCGCUUAUUAUCAAUCAGCCUGAGGGCCCAAGUUUCCGCAUUAAUGGCUAUUUUGUGGAAUGGCAGAAGUGGAACUUCCGUAUUGGCUUCACCCCCAAAGAGGGUUUGGUUAUCCAUUCUGUUGCGUAUGUUGAUGGUAGCCGUGGACGUCGACCUAUAGCUCAUAGGCUGAGCUUUGUUGAGAUGGUGGUUCCUUAUGGAGAUCCAAAUGAACCACAUUAUCGCAAGAAUGCAUUUGAUGCUGGAGAAGAUGGACUUGGAAAAAAUGCUCAUUCUCUUAAGAAGGGGUGUGACUGCUUGGGCUAUAUAAAAUAUUUUGAUGCACAUUUCACAAACUUUACUGGUGGCGUGGAGACAAUUGAAAACUGCGUUUGUUUGCAUGAGGAGGACCACGGAAUCCUUUGGAAACACCAAGAUUGGAGAACUGGUUUAGCAGAAGUUAGGCGAUCAAGGAGGCUCACGGUCUCAUUUAUUUGCACAGUUGCAAACUAUGAAUAUGGUUUUUACUGGCAUUUUUAUCAGGAUGGCAAAAUAGAAUCAGAAGUAAAGCUUACCGGAAUUCUCAGCUUGGGAGCUUUGAUGCCUGGGGAAUCAAGGAAAUAUGGCACAACCAUUGCCCCUGCUCUGUAUGCACCUGUUCAUCAGCAUUUCUUUGUUGCCCGUAUGGACAUGGCUGUUGAUUGCAAACCUAACGAGGCUUAUAAUCAGGUGGUUGAGGUUAAUGCUAAAAUGGAAAGUGCAGGACCACAUAAUGUGCAUAACAAUGCUUUCUAUGCGGAAGAGAAGUUGUUGAAAUCUGAGUUGCAAGCAAUGCGAGACUGUGACCCAUCAUCUGCGCGCCAUUGGAUUGUAAGGAACACGAGAACUGUAAAUCGUACUGGGCAGCCAACUGGUUACAGGCUCGUGCCUGGUUCAAACUGUUUGCCGUUGGCUCUGCCGGAGGCCAAAUUUCUAAGGAGAGCUGGGUUCUUAAAGCACAACCUCUGGAUCACGCCAUACAAGAGCGACGAGAUGUUCCCUGGAGGGGAGUUCCCCAAUCAGAAUCCGCGUAUUCACGAGGGUUUACCUACAUGGGUUAAGAAGGACAGACCCCUGGAGGAGACAAACAUUGUUCUCUGGUACGUGUUCGGGCUCACCCAUAUCCCAAGGCUGGAAGACUGGCCGGUCAUGCCAGUGGAGCGCAUCGGCUUCAUGCUCAUGCCGCACGGAUUCUUCAACUGCUCGCCUGCAGUCGACGUGCCUCCUGCCUCUUCUGACGCGGAUGUCAAGGAAGCCGAGUCGCCCAAGGCCAUCCAGAACGGCCUUAUUUCCAAGCUGUGAGCUCCGCUGUUCCUCGGACGAACAACGGGGACGUGCUGCUGCUCCGUCUACUAUCGUAUUCCAAUAAAAAGCAAAAUCGGACUCCGUUUUAUUGUGGUUUGUUUGGCGUUCUGUAAUAUUGUUCGUUUACUAUGCUUGUUGAUUAGCGAGCUGUGAACUAUUACAAUAAAGUUUGGGCUUGCAUAGCCCCUGGCCGCCUGCAUCAACAAAAUCAUGUUGCACCAA